AUGGCUGAAGAAGAGCUGCCAGUUGGUGGACGGGGAGACAAGCUAAAAGGGGAUGAAUUCCCAGAUCUUUAUCCAAAUCACAUCAGUUCUGUCAAUUCAACUACAGUUGAUAACAACGUCUACAAGAAGUUCCCUGGAAGUUCAAAUGCUGGAAGCAAUUCCCUGCUGGUGAAUAAUAUACCUGAGCAGGCUCACUACCCAACACCUGCACGCAGGCGCCAUCGGACCACAUUCAGCCAGGAGCAACUGGAACAUUUGGAAGCUACUUUCAGUAAAAACCAUUACCCAGAUAUCUACUGUAGGGAGGAGUUAGCCAAGAUCACCAAACUUAAUGAAGCACGCAUUCAGGUGUGGUUUCAAAACAGACGUGCAAAGCAUCGGAAACAAGAACGAGCUAAUCAGAAGUCAAUCCCUCCAACUGUUAUUUCAGGCUGCAGUGGUCUGAUAUCAGGUGUUUGUUCCGUGUCUACUUCAGCUAGGCCCUACCAUUAUCCACAUGCCAUUAAUCACAUACCACGUUUCUCUUCGAUGGCGACAAAUGCUUAUGGCUCUCCAGCAGCUGUUAGCCAGUUUACCUGCACUAACACACAUGCACACUUGGCAUCUGCCCCACCACCACGGCAACAUGACGACUGGUACAGUCCUCUGUGUUCAAUUAAUUCUCCCACGGCUGGAUUACCCUCAUCAGUGCUCUCCCUAGGACCUAUGCCAGGUCUUGAUCCACCACCACACUGGAACUAA